AUGUAUUAUUUACUAGAAAGCAGUUGGGAUUUAAAUGUAUUACUUACUAGGAAGCAGUUGGGAUUUGGAAUCCCGGGUCCUAUCCCUGGGUUGGGUCAGAUCUCCUCCUACUCCCAAACUCCUCUGGGCGGCCAUCUUGCAACCGUGAACCAAGGGAUUGGAUUCAGUAACAAAAAAUACACUGGGUACGGUCUCCAUCCUAUCGGACACAAACAUGUUGAAGUCAACGAGGUUCAUCGUCCAGGGUUCCAUGGAGGAUACCAGUCAUAUGUCAUCCGACCUACUCCUAGGCCAAUAAUCCUGCCGCGUCCUAUUCUUCCCGUGAAUCCGCUUCUUCUUGGUGUACGGUAUCGGUAUCCAGGGUUAGGUAUUGGAGGACUAGGACUCGGAGGCAUUGGACUUGGAGUUCGUCCCGGGAUAGGACUUGCAGGACUUGGAGGAAUAGGUGGCUAUGGUUUCGGAGGCUUUGGAGCUCUGGGUGGUGGAGGAAUUGGACUGGUUGGGCUGGGAGGGGGUGGGCUUGGCAUUGGAGGGCUUGGUGGACUUGGUGGUGGUGGACUGGGAUUUGGUGGUGGACUAGGAGUAGGAGGGCUAGGUGGUGGACUGGGUGGUGGUGGUCUAGGGCAUGAUGACUCCUUUUCAGCAGCAUUUGACUCUGGACGGAAAGGAUUCAACCCCUCCCAGACAUCAUCCUACGCUGCUCCGUCCUACGACACCUCGGCGUCCUCUACAUCAUUAGACACAUCGUCCUUCGAUACGUCCUCCUUCAACUCAUUUCCGUCCUAUGACUCCUCCGAUUACGGAUCUCCGUCUACGUUCACCUCCUACGGUCGGAGGUCGGUGAACACGGAUCGUGAGAGUACACCCAGUAGCUCCGAGGUCGGAGAAGAGUCCUCUGAGUAUCCUGAGUAUGGAAACUAUGAUUUGAGCGAGGAAGAAUCCUUCUCUGGAUAUAACCAACAAAACCAGAAACAGGACGAUAAGACACAGCCAUACAAUCAGAUUCAGAAAAUUCAAGAAAAAGAAAAACAGCUUCAGUAUUCACAGCCACUUCAGUACUCACUGCCGUUUCAGUACUCACAACAGCUUCAACAGCAGCAGCUUCUUCAACAUCAGCUUGAACAGGAACAACUGCAACAGUAUCAGCUUCAGCAAUAUCAGCCGCCAUAUAUUGUCUCUGUACAGAAUAUGAAUCCUGGAUAUUAUUCAAACCUCAUUUAUGCAAAAGAAGGAAAUAUAGAACUUAAGGAGGAAAAUGAAAGCGAAGAAGUGGAAAGCAGGGGUGGGGCGCCAGAGGAAAACAAGAUGGUGGCGGAGGAAAACAAGAUGGUGGCGGAGGAAAACAAGAUGGCGGAUCCUCUUAGUAAUCACAACAUGGAGAGCAGUUACGUGCAAGAAAACAUUGUCGAAAAUAAUCUUCCGAAAUAAUUUGUUUUCACUCAACACCUUAAGUAUUAUUUAUCUAGUAUUUUGAAACUUUGCCAUUUAAACCUUAAUUUGAAUUAUUUGAAUUUUAGCUAUCUAAUUGUGGUUUGUGUUUUCUAAUCAAUUUUUACACAACUUAAAACAAAAAAACAUGAUUCCACCUCUUAAAGUUAAACAUUUUUUUCAAUAUUAUGCUAUCACUUUUAGUUGUUAAAUGCACAAAACUGUCAACUUUUUCUUAGUUUCUUGAUUUAAAAUUUUAUUUUGUUAAAUAUUAUUUAUACAAAUUUUGCUGUAUUACAUCUAGUCAUGAGAAAUGAUAUUUUAAUCUAUUUUUAUUUUAUUUAAAAGUAAA